CGCGCGAGAGGCUUUUCGUCUCCCCGCCGCCAUUUUGAAUGUGGCGGUGAGGGGAGAAAGGCGAGGCGGAGGCCGAAUGAAGCGGUGCCCUUCAGGGCAAAUCAUAGCGGCGCGUUUUUCAACGGCCACCGCUGACGAGAACGGCUGAGGAAAGAGCAACUCGUGAGCGAGGCUUGUGUUGAAAGCCGAAGCAGCCAAAGGCGGUCUUGACAAAAGGCAAAAUGGACUGGGCUGGGAAACAUAAUGGUCCAAAUGAUUCAUCUAGUGAUGGAACAGUACGAUUGCGUGGUCUGCCAUUUGGCUGCAGCAAGGAGGAGAUCGUUCAGUUCUUUCAAGGGUUGGAAAUCGUGCCAAAUGGGAUAACAUUGACGCUGGACUACCAGGGGAGAAGCACAGGGGAGGCCUUCGUGCAGUUUGCUUCAAAGGAGAUAGCAGAAAAAGCUCUGGGGAAACACAAGGAAAGAAUAGGGCACAGAUAUAUUGAGAUCUUCAAAAGUAGUAAGAGUGAAAUCCGAGGAUUCUAUGACCCACCACGAAGAAUGAUGGGACAGCGACCUGGACCAUAUGAUAGACCAAUGGGAGGAAGAGGGGGUUAUUAUGGAGCUGGGCGUGGAAGUAUGUAUGACAGAAUGCGUCGAGGAGGUGGUGGAUAUGACGGUGGGUAUGGUGGCUUUGAUGACUAUGGUGGCUAUAACAAUUAUGGCUAUGGAAAUGAUGGCUAUGAUGACAGAAUGAGAGACGGAAGAGGAAUGGGAGGCCAUGGUUAUGGUGGAGCAGGAGAUGCAAGUUCAGGUUUCCAUGGUGGUCACUUUGUUCAUAUGAGAGGACUGCCAUUUCGAGCAACAGAAAAUGAUAUUGCUAAUUUUUUCUCACCUCUGACUCCUAUAAGAGUACACAUUGAUAUUGGAGCAGAUGGAAGAGCAACGGGAGAAGCAGAUGUGGAAUUUGUGACACAUGAAGAUGCAGUGGCUGCAAUGUCUAAAGAUAAAAAUCAUAUGCAACAUCGAUAUAUUGAACUGUUCCUGAACUCAACUGCCGGAGGCGGUUCUGGAAUGGGAGGCUAUGGCCGAGAGGGAAUGGAUCAAGGAGGUUAUGGAUCUGUUGGAAGAAUGGGAAUGGGCAGCAGUUACAGUGGAGGAUAUGGUACUCCUGAUGGCUUGGGUGGAUAUGGCCGUGGCAGUGGAAAUAGUGGUGGAUACUAUGGACAAGGCAACCUGGGUGGAGGUGGAUGGCGUGGAAUGUAUUGAAGAGUGACAUUGGGUCUACAAAACUUAUUGGAAGGAAACAGUACCUGGUCUACUAGGCUUUCUUACAAAACUUAAAUUUCUUUUGUAUUGAAAACUUUAUAAUGACUGAAGGAAUGUGUUUUCCCAUUAUUUGGUAAGCCACAGAUUGCAAUGGGGAAAUCUGUUUUCUGUAGGUUUUAUUUGUUGCAUACUCUGACUUUAAAUAAAUUUUUAUAUUCAAACCACUGAUGUUGAUACUUUUUAUACUAGCUGUUCCUAAAGGUAUGUUGCAUAUUCCAGAAUUCUUAUUUGUUUGAGAGAUUUGGUUCUUUAAAGCAGUUGUAUGGUAGGUGCUCAUUAUUGAUGCAACAUUAUGUAAAAUGCAACAGCCAUUAAGUUGAUAGUACACUUGUUGAGAUUUGAGGGUAGUUAAUCUAAUAUAAACUGCUCAUCAGUGAAGACAAAUUCCCAUAGCAGACUGUCAAAAAACUGUGCUGGGCAUGAAGACCGUGAGUUAAAGUUCUGGAAUGACCUAAUGCACAACUGCUAUAUAAAAAGCUGGUUAAUGUCUGAACUGUAUGCAUGCUAGAAAUCUCCUAACCUUUGAAAUGUAUGUUAAGUAUUGGUACAAACCUGUGUAUCAAUCUUCAUACUCAUAUCCUUGGCAAUCAGAUUUUCCGAUAAGUUGUGAAUAUUAUUGUAUGGGCAGUAUCAGGGAGGGAAGAGUCAAGACUAUUGCAGCAUCCAUAGAGAAGUCAGUAAUUGUUUAGUUUCCUAGAAAUAAGAGUUAACUUAGGAUGGAACACUGUUCUUAUUACUGAAUACAGCUGUGUUUUGAGAGAGCUGUCUGGCAGGUAUUUCCAACAGAGAGCCAGGUUUGUGGCAAAUGAUUUAAAUCACACAAUAUAUGUGGUCCUCUUGCUGUGCAUUUAACAUGUAAGAUGUGUGGAUGAACUAUUGUUUAGACACUUAAGCAUUCACUGUAUAUUGAAGAAGGGGUACUAAAUAUUCAACAGUUUUCUUCCUUUCAGUUGCUUGUCCUUCAAAUUCUUCCCAAUAACUUGUCAAAUGUGAUCAACUA